GUGUCGUAUAAGUGCUGCAUCACACAUGAAGUGCUUUCUGCGAAGUUUAUUUGGAACAUAUGGCAAAAAAAAUAUCACCAUGUCGGAUAAACCAUCGACCUCAAGUCAUUCAAGUAGAAGAUCUGUGAAAAAUUUGAAUAACAUUGAUUUGAUCGGCAACACUGCGCAUCAGAUCACGGGCGCCAAACUUCCGUGCAUCAAACAAGUGUUACAAGUGAUGUUCCAUAAUAUGCGAUUUGUUGGACUUACUGCAAAAGACAGUGCAAAAUUGACCAUAAGUGCAGCUGUAAUAUUUUGGCAACAAGCUCGCAUUCCAAUUAUUAAUGAUGAUAAGUGUGUGAAAAAGCUGAUGAAAGUUUACGACCAAUGGAAAAACAUACAAAGAACUGUCCCAGAUAAAAGGUCAAAUGCACAAAAGCAAGUUGCCGAACAAUUUACUCAAAAUCUUGAUGAUUUGUUUGAUAUUGCCAUCGGUGAUGCGUUGGAAAAAAUUCGAAUUGAAGAGGACAGAGAAUUUUUAAAAUUGCAAAGACAAAAAGGUCGUCCAGGCUGCAUGGUUGGUGUCGAUAUGAAGUUAUAUGGGAGAGAAAAACGUACGCAAGAACGACAAGAAAAAGAAGAAGCGCGUAAAAGAAAACACGAGGAAGAGAUGGCUAGACCUUCAGAUGUCGUGAAUUGUGAUGAUGAAGAUGCUGAAAUGCCAUUUUGUGAAACGAUUGAUGAAGAAAAUGAACCGAUUGACGAUGACUGGGAACCAGAGAAAGUAGCUGGUAACGCAACAUCCGCCAAAAAAAGAGGCCGAAAAGAAUUCAUCACAGCAAGAUUGGCUGCUGCACUUGAUAAUGCUAAAGUUUCGGAUGGUAUGGCCGUGCAUAUCCUCAUUGCAGCUGCUGAAGCAUUUGGAAUACGGGCUGAAGAGUUAGCUAUCAACCGUUCAACUAUUCAUCGCGCUCGCCUGGAACAUCGAUUGGAAGAUACAAAAGAUGUGAUGGCUCGGUUUCCCGACAACAUAAAUACCGUUGGAUCAUUAGUUGUUCAUUGGGAUGGCAAACUACUACAAGAUUUGAUUGGUAGACUCAAAGUUGAGCGCAUAGCAGUUCUUGUGAGCUACAAUGGGACAUCCAAGUUCCUCGGAGCACCGAAAAUUGAAUCGUCAAGUGGAGAACACAUUGCUGCUGCGGUUCACGAGACAUUAGUUAAAUGGAACAUUGCGGAGUACGUGCAAGGCAAAUGUUUUGACACAACUUCAAGUAAUACCGGCACAGAAAAAGGAGCUAGUGUACUCUUGGAAAAGAAACUAAAGCGUCAGUUGUUAGAUUUAUCGUGUCGACAUCAUGUUUACGAGAUUCUUCUGUCGAGCGUUUUUGAGGUCAAAUUAUCACCUAGCUCGGCACCAGAAGUUCUAAUUUUUGAAAGAUUUGCCAAGUCUUGGACAAGUUACGAUUUGGAUUCGUUUUGCAGUGGUCUCAACGAAAAAAUGGUUCUUUUGCAAAUUGAUCAAGUUGAACAAGAGAACAUCAAAAAAUUUUGUUUUGAUCAGUUGACAAAGAAUCAAAUUCGAGACGAUUAUAAAGAGUUUCUCGAAUUGGUUCUUACAUUUCUUGGAGCAGGACCGUUCAACUUCCGUACACCAGGACCAACGAGUAACGCUCGAUGGAUGGCAAAAGCUAUUUAUUGCUUGAAGAUUUUCUUAUUUCGACAACAAUUUCAGCUUACAAAAAGAGAAGCGAAUGGUUUGCGCGAUAUUUGCAUUUUUCUCAUCAAACUUUAUAUCAAGCCAUGGUUCCGAUGUACGAAUGCUAUAGCUGCUCCUCUCCAAGAUUUGAACUUCGUUAAGGCUGCUGUUCAAUACGAUCAAACUGAUUCUGCAAUCUCAAAGGCAGUUACAAAAAAAUUGACUCAUCAUUUAUGGUAUUUGUCGGAAGAAUUGGUAGCCCUAGCCUUCUUCGAUUCAGAUGUGUCUCACGAAGAGAAACGCCAAAUGGUUGAAAAAUUACAAUCCAAAGAGCCAGUUGUGAAAUUAAAAAACGAUUUCGUUUCAGAAAAUACGAAGAAAUUUUUCAACCGCUUUGGUUUGUCAACAACGUUUUUAGAGUUUGACCCAUCGACUUGGGAAACGGCAUUUGAUUACGAAGAAGGUUGGACUUUUUGUCAAAAUUUGUUUGUUGUUAAUGAUACAGCUGAAAGAGGCAUCAAAUUUAUAAAAGAUUUUAACAGAAUUUUGACGAACGACGAAGAAGAACUCCAAUUAGUGUUGCAGUUUGUGCAAUCAUAUCGCGAAAAAUUCCGUUCCUAUAAGAAAUCUGACUUGACACUCUGA